GACCUCUUUGCCUCUCUCCUGGUGAACUCCGCCCACACAGGGAGCGCUCUGACCGGCCACUGGGUCCGGAGCGUCCCGCCUCCUGCCGGAGUUUAUGACUUCACCGUGGAACAGCUGCGGGUCUGAGCGGGGAGGUCGUCCACGGAGGGAGGCACACGGGCCGGCUGUGUCUAGUGUCUGCACCGUGGAGAUGUUGUAACUUCCUGACACUUUCUGUCCAUGAAUCAGGCUGUAAAAUCCUCCGCGCAGUCACGAUGUGGAAACCCGCCGGAGGACCGAGGAUCCCCGGCAGCUCUGCGGGGCCUCACGCUGCCGCCGCCGCCGCCGUCACUUGCCUGCUGGUCACCGGGAUGCUGGUGUUCACCGGCGGACCCCCGAGCGGCGGAGACCCGGAGGAGAAUUCAGUUGCAGGGACGAGCGGAAAAGUCUUCUCGACAUAUUUCAGGAAACUAACACGCGAGAGGAGAGCCAUCAGCGGCCCCCCGCGGAGCAGCACCGCCCCCGGACCGGUGGAGCGUCUCACCCCGGAUGACCUGUUCAUAGCGGUGAAGACCACCGGCAGGUACCACCGGCAGAGACUGGAGCUGCUGCUGGACACCUGGAUCUCUAGAAACAGGCCACAGACAUACGUGUUCACUGAUGGAGAGGACAAAGAGCUGAGGAAAAGGAUGGGCGCUCACCUGAUUAACACCAACUGCUCGGCGGCCCACACCCGUCAGGCUCUCUCCUGUAAGGUGUCUCUGGAGUACGACACUUUCAUCAGCUCUGGAAAGAAGUGGUUCUGUCAUGUUGACGACGAUAACUACCUGAACAGCGGCUCCCUGCUGAAGCUGUUGUCUCAGUACAGCCACACACAGGACGUUUACAUCGGCCGGCCCAGUCUGGAACGUCCCAUAGAGGCCACAGAGAGGCUCGGCACCACUGAAAUGAAGCAGGUGCGUUUCUGGUUCGCCACUGGAGGAGCAGGGUUCUGUCUGAGCCGCGGCCUCACCCUCAAGAUGAAACCCUGGGCCAGCGACGGCACUUUCAUGGCCACAGCUGAGCACAUUCGACUCCCUGACGACUGCACCGUUGGCUACAUUGUGGAGGCUCUGCUUGGUGUGAGUCUCAUCCGCUCGCCGCUGUUCCACUCCCACCUGGAGAACCUGGGACUGGUGUCAGACAUACGCAACCAGGUCACGCUCAGCUACGGCACGGUAGAUAACAGCAGAAACACCGUUAAUGUGCAAGGACCGUUUUCAGUACAUGAAGAUCCCACCAGAUUCAGGUCUGUCCAUUGUCUGCUGUACCCAGACACUCCUUGGUGCCCCCGGCUACUCUAACAGCCUUUCAGAGACAAAGAGGGGGGGAGGACAGACAAGGGACAAAGACGUCUUGGAGGUGGGGAGAAAAGAGUCCCAUUACUGUCCUCCUUUGACUCCAGAAGAAUGCCUGAGGCAGUUAAAUGUUUCCCUCGCAGCAGUCUGGCUGCAGACUGAUGCUUACAGGAUUGCUGUUGCAUUAGUUUGACACCUGAACCCUUUGAUUAGUUGGUCUGUGUCAAAAACGGCAAAAAGAGACGACAGCCGAAUGUUUUUAACAGAGAGAACUUUGCUUAACAUUUAGCCUGAGGUGGUGUUACCAAAAUCAAGAGUUCAUCCUCUGAAUGUUGCUCAUUUUAGGACACCUCCACACACAGCUAAGUCUGAUGCUAACAUUUGAUUGUAAUUUGUAAAAACUAGACGGUAAUUCUGAUCGGUUGUGGCUUGCUUCUUUCAUUUUUGGGCAUCGUUUAAGUGAUGAUAACAUUGUGAAAGAUUUUUGAGGCCAAAGCUGAUACCAGUUUUAAGGAGUUAAAAAAAAAAAUCCCAAUAUUUAUGUAUAACUUACCGUGAAGACACAACUUGACACCGUACCACCAUCUGCUUAGCUCUGCUACGUGUGCUGCAGACAGAAGUGAGAGCUUUGUAAUGGAGUUUGAGCUGCUCUGCUGGACAAACAGUGAAAUAACACCAAGCACCUUUUUCUGCACUAUGUUCCACGUAAACAAAGAUGUUCAUAUCAGACAACAUAUCUCCAUCCAUGAUUGGCUAUCAUCAGCCAAUGAAAUGAGCCGACUGAUGUAUCGAUGAGGUUCUACGUUGAUCACAAACUAGUGUUGAAUUUGUGAGCUUUAGAGCUUUAACUUCAAUUUGGUUGCAGUUGGAGGAAACGGAUGUGGAUCUGCGUUCUGUUUCCUGAUUCUCGCUCUUUGUGCUAAGCUAAGAGAGAAGUUACUGUAGCUUUACAUUUGGAGAGUUGUGUUCAUCUUCUCAUCCAUCUUCCCCCAGGAAAGCACAAGUGCAACAAUAUUUUUUGCCCCCAGUGUUUUCCUCAGGCUGAGAAGUGCUGGCAGGGCGCUUCAUCCCAGCGUUUCAUCCAAAAUCUAACAUAUGCUGCAGGGUUUUUGUUUCCAUGACAGUAUCUUGACAAUAUAUCACCACUCUAAUCACUGUUGUAUGAUAGACAUGAUUGAUUAGAGCUACACUGACAGACUGAGAUUAUCAUUCCUGCUAAGUGGCUAAAAAUGUAUUGCUAAAUGCCACCUACUGUCACAUCUUAACUAUGUCUUGUUCAGUCAGACAGAAAGCUUUAAACUGCCUCUGCUUAAUGUAGCCUGAUGCUUUUUUUGUACAUAUUCAAUAUUUCCUCUCUACUUCCUCAGCUGUGAAAGAUCAUCUUUUAAAUCUAUAUAAAUCUGUGUACUCCGUUUCACUCUCUGCUCCCUCAUGCUGUAAUGCUGUCUUGUUAACCAGUUAGGAUUCGAUACAUGACACUGUCACAAUGUAACAUAGAAGGAAGCAUCGUUCAUUGUUUGUUAGCCUCCUGAGGCAAAUGAAUCUAAACUCAUCCAUGUUCAGUAUUAUCCUCUCUCUGAAGUAUAUAUCACGACCGAGCACUUUGCUGUUUUAUUUGUGCCGUUUGCUAUUCAUCAUUUGACUAAAAGGACAUUAAAGGAAUAGUCAGACAUUUUGGGACCUGUUUGCUAACGUGGCUUCAUAUUUACCCACCCAACAUCAAUGUUCUCAUCUGAAACAGAUUUCCCUAAAUGUCAAACUAUUCUUUUAAUCCUAAUUCUGUGUGAUCUGACUUUAGAACUCAUCCAGUAAAGGCUCUGACACAAAAUAUAUAUUUUUUAAAAAGGUGGAUGUUACCUGUUUUUAUCCAUGCAAAUGGAUUUUAAACUGCUUUUAAAAUGUUGUAGCAGUGGAUGUAAGAGAUCCACUUUGAAGUUUCAUUGAGAAAUGACUCACGUUGAGUCGUCUUCUGUUUUUCUGUGUGUUGAAAGCAGUUUUUUUUUUUGCAAUUAUGCUGCAAGUCGGUGAAAGCUAACUUAAAUUCUGUCCCUCGUUCCGUGAAUGUGUGUGAUGAACUGUUGCUUCUGAAGCAUACAUGCUCUCUCCAGUAUCUGGAUUGUAUGUAGACACUGCGGUUAAUAAAAACUGUUUUCAGCAAAUA